AUGAUUUUAUCUGGAAUUAAAAGGGCUUCUCUUGUUUCAUGUCGCUUACAUAGCAGAACAGUUAAUUCUCGUUAUAGUAACGCAUUUUCCUUUGUUGUUACAAAACGAACGCGAGCAAUAAAUGUUUCUGCUUCAAGAUUUCAACAGAAGUCACAAGAAAAAGAACGACCUUUUGCAGAACGAUUAAAUGAAACUUGGAAGAAAACUAAAGUAACCUGGUAUCCUAUACCGAUCGGAUUAGGAAUAGCUUUCAUUGCAUUUCAACACUUGCUUCGCGUUUAUACCCGUGAAAAAAAAAGAAAAGAGCAAGAUUCAUCAAUUGAAAUUGAAAGUCGACCAGUUGUUAUAGGCCCCUGGCAGGUGUAUUUAAUUGAUUCGCUUCCGCUUCGUGCAUUCUCUAGAUUAUGGGGUCGAAUUAAUAACGAAUAUGAAUUACCCGUUUUUCUGAGAGAACCUUGUUAUAAGUUCUAUAGUUGGUUAUUUAAAUGUAAUUUAGAAGAAAUAGAAAAUACCGAUCUAAAAAGUUAUCCAAAUUUAGGUUCUUUUUUCUAUAGAUCAUUAAAGGCGGAUGUGAGACCAAUAGAAGAUGCAGCACUUGUAUCACCAGCGGAUGGCAAAGUUUUAAGUUUCGGAUUAGUUAAAGAAGGAAAAGUUGAGCAAGUAAAAGGCGCAACUUAUUCACUGGAUGCACUUAUAGGCCGAAAAGAGGAAAAACGUGUAAUGAGUUCAGAAAACCACCAUGCUGAAAUAGCUUCAUCGACUCACAUUGCUGACGAAAAAGAAUUUGCAAACCUUAAUGGUAUCACGUAUUCCCUGGAUACUUUACUUGGUGAUGAUAUAGAUAAUGCUCUUAAACAGGAGAGCAGCGUUGGUGAAGAUGCUUCAAUUCAAUCGGAAGAGAAUGAUACAAAAAAGGAAUUAAUUGUGGCGAAAAAUGUGACAAGUUAUACAUUUGGAAACCCUUCUGGACAUAAAUUGAGAGAGGGGAAUACACUUCAUUAUUGUGUAAUAUAUCUUGCUCCUGGAGAUUACCAUAGAUUUCAUUCACCAACCAGUUGGGUCGGGAAUUUUGAACAGUCGGGAUUAUGUCCAUUCGACCAUCGGGAACAUGGACUAUCGGGAUCUUGGGUAUGUCGGGAUUUUGGAGUUGGGAUUCUGGACUGGGAAUUAUUUUCUGUAUCACCAUACAUGGUAAAUAUGCUACCAGAUUUAUUUGUUUUAAAUGAACGUGUGGCAUUACUUGGAAGAUGGAGAUGUGGAUUUUUUUCAAUGAUUCCGAUUGGAGCAACAAAUGUUGGUUCUAUCCGAAUUAAUUUUGAUAAGGCUCUCCGUACUAAUCGAAGAGAAGAUUUACCAGUUGGAACAUAUACGGAGGUUUCUUAUAAAAAAGCAAGUAAAUUGCUUGGCGGACAACCAUUGAGAGCUGGUGACGAAAUGGGAGGAUUUUGUUUGGGUUCGACUAUAGCUUUGGUAUUUGAAGCGCCAUUCGAUUUCAAGUUUUGCGUGGAAACAGGACAAAAGAUCAAAUAUGGACAAAAGGUAGGAGAAGUUUAA